CAGUCCUACAACUCCGUGAACCGUUGCCUUCUUAGUAUAGGCUCAGGAACUGGUCAGAACGACAGGCCACAGACCAAGUUCUCCAUUGGCAAGACUCAGCAAACUGCAAGCUGAGCCAUCGUAUCGCAUAAAUAUAAGCACAUAACCAUUGCUCCCACUCCCUUCCUCUACAGUCAUAGCCGGCAACAAAACUUGACAUUUUUUCGUCUUCUUUCUUUGCUCUUCUUCUCCUCUAACUUCUUUCAUUUCACACUACCCACUUUCUCUCAAGACCACCAAACCACAAGUACAAUGAAAUACUCUUUUGCAUUCCUCCUCUCCCUCGGGAUGGCCUCCGCCACCUCCACCACCCUCUCAACCAUCAAAAACCCUAAACCCACCAACUUUCCCACCACCUUGAGUAAACUGAUCGUGACCUCCGGUCCCGGCCGUAUUAGCUCCGUCGACUUCGACGGCUCCAAAUUCAGAAUAACCAACAAGAUCGCCACCGCCGGCACAAACCCCAGCUGGGCCCUCUUCAAGAAGCCCAACCACCUCUACACCGUCAAUGAGAACGGCAACACCAUCAGCCUCUUCAACUACGACCGCACCACCAACAAAUUCGAAAACGUCACCUCACACCCCCGCAGCACCGGCGUCGUGUACCUCGCCUUCACCAAAGACGAGUCGCGCAUGGUCGGCGCAAGCUUCACCAACGGCACGCUCGACGCGUGGGACACCAGCGCCGCAGAUGGCUCCAUCAAGCUCCUCAAAUCCAAAAAGUUCGACGACAAACUCGGCCCCAACACCCUCUACCAGACAGGCGUGCAGGCCCACCAAGCCGUCCUCGACCCCUCCGGCCGCUUCUUCGUCGUGCCCUUGCGCGGCGCCGACAUCCUCUCCGUCAUCGACUCCAAGGCCGACGCGUUCAACAGCGUAGCGAUAGUCCCCGUCGAGCCUGCCGGCUGUGGGCCGCGCCAUGGCGCGUUUAUCAAGGCCUGCGAGGGGGAUAAAGCGACGCACUACGUGUUUGUGUGCGAGCUGAAGAACGUGAUUCAGCUGUACAGCGUCAAGUAUACGGAUGCGGCGCUGGAGCUCACGCAUGUUCAGACGGAGAGCACGUUCGGCAAGGAUAUGCCAGCGAAGAACCCGACCGACACGACCGCGGACGCGACGAAGACCUUUGCGGCGGCAGGCGAGUGUAUCGUUGCGAGCAACCAGCGGGAUAUUUAUGUGUCGAAUCGGCUGACCGGGAAUGAGGCGGAUAGUAUUGUGCAUUUCACGUUGGCGCGUGAUGAGCAGAAGGGAACGGCGAGCUUGACGUUUGGGGAGUCGGUUAGUAGUUUCGGGAUUUCGCCGCGGAUGUUUAGUUUGGCGUUGGGGAAGGAGGAUGUUCUCUUCUCUACGAAUCAGAACAACGGGACGGGGUUGUUGGCGUAUAAGAGGGAUGCGGAUGGGAAGUUGGCGGUGAUUGAGGAGUCGAAGGUUGAUAUCAAGGAGUUUAGGGACUCGGUGGCUGAGUUUGGGCCUGAGUUUGUGCAGCAGAUUUGAGGGAGGGUUUGUGUCUUGUGGUGGUCCUUUGAAUUUGCGUCUGCAUAGCGUUGGUACUUGUAUGAUUAGUUUCCCUUCUUCUUGUCUUCUUCAGACUACUUCAUUACUCCGUCCAGACUGUGUACACUUGCUUGACACCGCCUGAAGGGCCCUGGUCCAUUAUUAUGGACUGGAAAAUUGCACUUUCGACACACCCAGUAGCUAUCCAGGCCACCGCAGACGG